AUGUUCUUCCAGACUCGUAAAAAGGAUAACAAGCUUGUUGAACCUGAAACAAUUGCAAAAUAUGCUGAAAUCCAAAAAUUGGUUCAAUCUGAUUCGUCACUUACAAAUAUUGAAGUCGUAGAAAAGUGCUUUGGACCUCAACGUAAGAGUCAUGUAGUUGGAUUUGGUGGUGGGAUAACCGCUAAAGAGUUGAAAGGUGGUAACUCUUCAAAGGCUGCCUUGUUAGAUAAGUUGAAUGCAAGUGAAAAAGAAAAUGAAUCACUAAAAAGACGCAUGGAUGAGUUAGAGAAUAAAUGUGAACGCAUGGAUGAGCUAGAGAGUAAAUAUGAACGGCUUGCAAGUGCAGUGUUUGGUCAGCCUUCAUCACCAUCAUCUGCAAAUGAUCAAUAGAUUGAAUCAUUUAACAGCUCAAGAAUUUGAAGGAUGAAGAGUUUAUCGUUCAAGAAAGGAGCAAGUUGAAGUACAAGGCGACUUUUAUAAUAUUAGGGGUGGUUUACAGACAAUAUCUUAUGUAUAAAUACUGCAAUUUUUAUCUUUUAGGAGUUGAUAAAAAUGGUAUCAUAAAACUUGGAUGGUAUAUCUCUUUUUAAUUCUUUGUAUUAACAAUAGAGUUUUAUAUGAAUAUUAAUUAUUUAGUAUAUUUUUGGAUGUGUCUGUGUAUUAUUCAGUUGUAUAAUUUUUUUUACAACAGUAAAUAGAAAUGUGGU